UGCCCUUGCCACUCCUCUCCGUCGCCUUGAUUGGCCGGCAGCGGUGGGCGCCGACGAGCAGAGCAACUCUGUCUCUCACCACACCACCUUCCCUUUUCUCCCCUUCUCUCGCUCCCAAGCUCACAACUCCACUUCCAAACAAGAAAAAGCUCUCCAAGAUGACCACACGCGACCUCGUCCUGCCCUGCUUCCUCUUCCUCCUGGCCGCCACCGCCGCCGCCGGCUCAGCGUCGGCGUCGCCCGUGAGCCCGGCCGUGGCGGCGGAGUUCGUGCGCCGCUCCUGCCGCUCCACGACCUUCCCGCGCGCCUGCGAGCGGAGCCUGAUGCCACGUGCGCCGGCCGUGGGCCGCAGCCCGCGCCGGCUCGCGCACGCCGCGCUCGCCGUGGCCGCCGACGCCGCCCGCAACGCCUCCGCCUACAUCGGCCCCCCUCCCAAACGCGGCGCCAUGGGGGACUGCGCGGAGACGGCGCGCGACGCGGCGGACCUGCUGCGGCAGGCGGCGGCGGAGCUGGGCGGCCGCAACAUGGGCCGCGCGUCCAGCCCGCGCUUCGCGUGGCGGCUCGCCAACGCGCAGACCUGGGCCAGCGCCGCGCUCACCGACGCCGACACCUGCCUCGACUCCCUCGCCACCUACAGCAGCGGCGCCCCGCGCGACGACGUCAAGCGGAGGGUCGUCGCCGUCGAGCAGGCCACCAGCAACGCGCUCGCCCUCGUCAACCGCCUCCAGCCGCCCCGCCGCCGCCACCAGAUGCUAAGCUAAGCACAUCGAUUUGCUUCACCUAGCCAUGCCCAGUCCUCCGAAUCGAUUCCCCACUAGCGCGCCAUUGCUGCUGGUACAUGUAUGUAUCAAUGUACGGACCAACCAUGUCGGAUCAAUUGAUUCCAUCUGCUGCCGCCCGUACAAUAAUUCCAUCGCCAUAUUGUAAUAGUACGUAUUUUGCUGGUUUUGCGAUUGAUUGUAACCUGAAUAACAAACGACGAAAUUCUUGGA